GUUUUGCUUGGGGGGUGGGGGGAGGUCUGGCUGAUGUGAUAGCUGGGAUAUUCGUCUCGAACUCACGCCGUCGGUCUUUCAGGCCCUCAGUCGUGUCCCGGAUCUGCGGGACCUGCAUGUUCGUCUGCCAACACGUCCCCUGGGGGGCGCGACCGAACCGGUGCUUGGACAGAUGCUGCAGACACCGCAUUUUCACUUUUCCGUGGAUAAUCCGCCCACUCGAGGGUCGAGGGGAGCCGCUGGCCCUGAGGUUCACUUGCUCAAGGAACUCGGGCAGCUCCAACUGCCGUCGACCUUUUCUCUCCUGGCGGAUUUGAAGAGUCUGGCUGUGCUGAAUAUCGAGGAUCUACGGAUCGUGUCGCAGCUCACGCAUUGUAUCUCGCAGUGCGAAUCUACCUUGAAGUCGCUGAAGCUGUCGUUCUCGGACGAUCUCGCCAAGUCAGCGCGCAAGAGAACCCUGGCUAACACCCCAGGGGAUACUCUGCUGGCGAGCAACAUGUACCCGAUGCAUGCUCAGACAGCCAACCAGGCGACGUUCCAGUCCGCGGCACCACCCUCGACCGAUUCUUUUCUCUCCUCGGACCCGGUGAUCCGUCGCGAACGCGCCAUCCAGGAGUCGGUGCUGGCGUACAUCUUCAAACUCAAUGGUCCGACGCUGCGCACUAAGGCGUUGGAAGAUGCUUUGCAGAACGAGCAUCAUCGAUCGCUCGCUACAUCCCCGCCCCUCUCGGAAGAGGUCAAGGAUCGAAGGUUCGUCCGCGCCUUGCGCUCGCUUUCCCGCAUGCUGCCAACCAUGAUGGUCCUCAAUUCGGAACAUACUGGCAUCAUCGGGGCGCUUCAUCGGAUUGACAAGGCCACGACUCAAUACCUGGACGGUCAGUCGAGUAAAGACGCUUCCCAGGUGACUGCGACUGCGACUGCGUCCGGUACGGUCUCGACUCCUGAAUCUCCCCGGCCGAGCAGUAGCAAAUUCGUUUCCUCGGAGAGCAAGAUACGGAAGCAGACGUGUCCGUCGGACGAGAUCGAUAUCGAGCACCCCGAUGUGGUGGACGAGGGCGAGGAUCAAGAGUUCCUCGAAGAAACGCAACGUUCGAUCACCGAGGCCAGUGUUCUAGCUUUCUCGCACCACCCAGCGCCUAGACUCCGCACACCUGACUCCCGAAGCAAAGGAAAGCAGCCCGUCAGGAACCCCCCGGCCGGGCCCGAGAAGCCCACCGACAAGGCCCUCGACCGCUAUGUCCGACAGGCCCAUGGCAUCCCCUUGGAAAGCCUGUCGAUUCAUCUCAUUCCGGUGCGUGCGACUGUGAUCGGCCAGGCGAUUAACAUGUUUUCACUCAAACAUCUGUCCCUGCUCAACGUUGGCCCGCAAGGCCCGCUCUGGAUUCUCCUGAAGCGAUGCAACCAGAUGCGUCCUCUCCAGCUGACCUCCAUCCACACGGACAACGUCACGACUGCCUUGUGCACCUUGAUCAGCAGCCUUGAUAAGGUGACCGAGCUGUUCCUAUUCGAACGCAGCAGCCAGGCCAAGGUAGAGUCGUUGGCCGAAAAGACCACAGUGGACAUGAUCACCAUUCGCAAGGACAUCCUGAGCAAACACAUGCAACACCUAGAGCGACUAGUUCUGCGCAACGACGAGGGAUCCAGCUGGGUGGCCGAUGCGCGGACCAUCCGACUCAUCUCGCAGGUCGGCCGCAACCUACUCGAGCUGGGCGUCGGUGUCAACAACUACCAGCACUACCUCGUCGAGCAAAUCGGCGGCCUAUCCUCCCUCACGGCCCUGCAAAUCUUCUGGUACCGCGCCGACAUGUGCACCACCAUGCUGCGCGAGGUCCAGUACACGCUGAUCGACAGCAUCCUGCACUUUCCCCACCUUCGCCUCGAAUACGUCGCCCUGUGCUUCAACCAGCACGGGCCGAUCGCCAACGCCGCCAUCCAGAUCAAAAGCCGCAUCAAGCAUCUGGCCAAGGCGGCCCGCGGUGAGACUAAACCGGCCCACGAGACGAGUGCAUAUGUCCCCCUUGAUGCCUCAUUCCCGGUUGAGGAUAAAGAUGGGGAUCCGGCGUUUCUGUUUGGAUUCGAAUGGAACACGCGGGCGUUGUUGCGCAUUGAAGAUAUUCGGGGAGUGAAGAUGUGGGAGAAGGGGACUUGGGAGGUGAAGCUGUAGCUGCCCCGAUCAAGCUGAUCGGGCCAGCUGUGCUUGUCCCGGUUCUCCCACGAAGCAGCGAUACUGUGUUGAGAAAGAAAGAAGAUGGAUAGAGUUGAAGAUGUCACACGCACGCCCAGCGCAGCGACAGCAACAAUUGUAUUUAAUACUGCCUAAACCAGUGAACCAACAAAAAAUUCAUCACUCAUUCACU